GAGCUGACGACGACACACUUUCGCAAUCGUGUGCAUCCACGAGCACCGACCAGAACCCGAAGCUGAGAGGACGAAGUGAAUUUUUAUUGGAUCAACGGAAUAUGCCCAAUCUCUUUUCCGUCGGAACCACGCUUAUCACUCGACGCCGUUAUAGUACACCACCAUCAUGGCCGAUCACAACCGAUGGAAGACUUUGCUUUCUUGGUUGAGGGAUAGCCAUGGAAUGAAGGUGGGCGAAGAGUAUAUGCUGGUGGAAUGCAGAGACGCGCCAAAUGCGGGCAAAGGUCUCUUUGCUACACACUCAAUCCCUGUAAAUUAUACGCAUCGUGUUCCCUCAUACAGAGACUCAACGUUCUCGUUCUCAGCCCAAUGCCACUUUAUUUAUCAUCCCAGCAACGGCUAUGAUGAAUAGUCGAACUCUUUCGGCUACAUAUCCACCAUUACAAGGUCAAUAUCUCUCGCCUACUCAAGUUAUAUCGCUUCAUCUUCUACUGCACAAACCUCAUGAUGGUGGGGAGUCCCACGACUCCAGGUUUGGAUCGUACAUAAUCAACAAGCAUUUACAAACCAACAGCAACCCAAAGGCUCAGGAGCUAUUGGGUCAUCUGCCUCCCUCUGUCUCCUCCAGCUUGCAAGCUUUGACGGCGAGAUUCUGGGAAGACUGGGAUGCCGUGCGAAAAUAUGUGACCGCUCUUCCGAUGAUAUGUGAUUCAUCCUCACGUCAAGACAUUGACGUUGAUAGGUUUCGCCUCGGAGACAGUGCCUUAACUACAGACUAUGUAUGGGCUUGGUUAAACGUGAACACGCGAUGUAUCUAUUAUCGCCUUGAUCCGUCUGUCUCUUCUCCGCUGAAUAUGACACUUUGUCCGAUCCUGGAUUUUGCCAACCAUGCGCCGACCGCCACACACAUAAAGCCGGUUCUUCCAUUGGAUUCUGAACUAUGGGCGGCACCGACUGGACCUCGGAAGCAUACCAAACGCCUUGGAGGCGAUUAUGCUUUCACAUCAAAUUGUGAAACCACUAUACCACCAGACACUGAGCUCUUCUUGCGAUACGGUUCCCACCCGAAUAGAAAACUCUUUGUCGAGUACGGAUUUACCAAUACUUGGCACGAAGGUGACUUACAACGCGGGCGCUGUGACGGUGAAGUGGAUGUGCAAGACAUCGUCGAGGAGCAUUUCAAAGCGAAAGGCCCUAUUGCGGACACUAUGAGGCGUAUUCUAGAUGAGGAAGGUUACUGGGGCGAUUGGACUAUGCAUGCUUCUCCACCAGCUCACCCAUCUUAUCGCUUGAUCACCGCAUUAAGACUACUGCAUUGCAAAGAUGAUGACGUUCAACAUGACCGAGUUGGCCAUUGGAAGGCCGUAGUUCUCGGCGAGCAAGCAAUAAUUUCCCAAGAGCACGAGCAAGCUUGGAGAAAUACUCUGCUGAAAAUAUGUGAGACGCUCAUCGAGAGGGCGAAUAGCAACAUAGUGGGGCUCAACGAAAGGACAUUGCGCCCUGAGCAUGGACUUCCAGAUUGGUACGAAUGGAUGCUGGGGAAUGUACGGAGACUAUGGUUAGAGGAACUUGAAGUAGCUAGUUGUGUAGCUCAGAGCGUACAAUCUGGUGUGGAGUUUUGACUUGCAUUGGUGAGAACCUGUACUUUCUCAUGUUGUCGUGCUAUAAUCUGGCAUCAUUUAUAGCUUGACUUGUUGACUUGCUUUCACGUCGGUUUCCAUCUGAAACAACAGUCACAUUACAAAGAGCCUUGACGAAUUACUCAAAAGUUCUUUUCGUGGCGACAAGGAGACUAUCCGAUAGCACAGAACCACGACAGAACCGUGGAGCUCGCUUUCGUCAGAAUUUAGAAAUGGACUCACAAAGAUUCGCUAUACGUUUUUCGUCAACUGGGUGUUACAACUGUCGGCGCACACGUCCCAAUUCGUAUGUGCACAAGAGGACCUAUUUACCAAAAUACGGAUGAGCCUGCAUUCGGUGAGUAUUUGCAAUGUUAAUGAGAGACAUUGCUCAGAAGACUGAUGGAUGCCUGCGGAACAUUCCUGCAGAUGGUACUCAUUCUGGCCGUUAUUUGCUAUUACCAGGAUGUGGAAUAAGAAGCAACUCCGCAGGUCCUGCCAACGCUGUCAGACCCUCAGUCGUAGACAUCACCAUCGGAGAAAGGACAUUCUACUGCCCGCAGAGCAUCCUAUGCUGUGGCAGAUAGAUGAUAGACUCCUGGAAAAGAUACGGUAACACAUUCGUUGACGCUUUGAGACCCAUCUUUGGUUGAUGGGUCUCUUGCUUGGAAGAGGACUGUCUUUCUCAGCGCGGCUGGAUUUGUCUCA